AUGCCGCGCCCCAAGGUGACCAUAUUCGGCACAGGUGGGACCAUCGCUGGAUCGGCCACCAAUGCGUGCCAAACGACAGGAUACGCGCCUGCGGUGCUGACCGUCGAUGCCCUGAUCAGGGACGUGCCGGAGCUCGGCCAAGCAGCACAGUUGCGAAGCGAGCAGCUUGUCAAUGUGGGAAGCCCAGACAUCACGUCUGCCCAGCUGCUGCGCAUGGCCCAGCGUAUCCAGAGGGAACUCGACGGAGACUGCCAGGGCGUGGUUGUCACGCACGGGACCGAUACCAUCGAGGAGACGGCCUUCUUCCUCGAGCUGACGAUACAGUCGGAAAAGCCCGUCGUGUUGGUUGGUGCGAUGCGGCCCGCCACCGCCCACAGUGCCGACGGGCCGAUGAAUCUGCUCUGCGGCGUUAACCUAGCUGCAGAUCGUUGCGCGAAGAAAAGGGGCGUCAUGAUCGUGCUCAACGACCGCAUCUGCGCGCCGAGAUUCACGACCAAGACCAACGCCAACUCGCUCGACAGUUUCAAAGCAACCGAGCAAGGCUACCUGGGAGUCUUUGUCAACUCACAGCCUGUCUUUUACUAUCCGCCUUGCCGACCACUGAGCCACAACUACUUCAACGUCACGCGCUGCAACCCGGCAGCAGGUCUGCCGGACGUCGAUAUCUUGUACGGCCACUUGGGUUUACGGUCUGGCUUGUUCAAGGCAGCCAUCGACCAAGGCGCGGGCGGCAUCGUACUUGCAGGCAUGGGAACGGGAUGCUGGAACACCGAGGACGGCAAGAGGAUCAUGGCCUUUGUUGAGAAGAAGGGCAAGGCGGUGCCCGUGGUGGCAAGUCGCCGCACCGCGUGUGGUUUCGUCGGAGGCACGUCCAAUUACGGCUUGGGGGACUCGUGCAUUGGCGGCGGCUUUUUGGAUCCGCACAAGUGCCGUAUCCAGCUUCAGCUCGCACUCGCGGCUGGUCUCGACGCGGCGUCCAUCCGCGAUCUUUUCGAAGGCAAUCGGCCAGGAGCUGCGGUCACCGAGUCGAGGAUUCGCGAAUGGCGAAUUUUGUAGUCGCCAAGGAGGGAGGACGCCGUCUUUCACUGGUGCUUUGUACACGCCGUGGGUGUCCACGAGGAGAGACAGCACGGGGUAAAAGGGGCGGUGCGAAUGGGACGGCGCGACUUGUGGAGUUUUCGGAUGCUCAUUGAGACGCGGUUUUAGACAUGAUACCACAUGGUAGUAAUAUUGCGACGCUGGAAGCGUUGGUCAGUGAGGCACCGGGUGCAUUGCAGGCGGCUGGCUUCUCGCAGGUCUGCCAUGUGCACCUAAGGACCGAAUGCACAUCGCCCUGUACC